AAGCGUUCGUAUCCGCCAACAGGUAGACGUCGUUAUCGCACGAUCGUUUUCCUUCGUGCCCGCCGCCACUAUAGUUGCGAAUUUUUAGUUUUUUUUUUUUGUUAUUGUUUUGUUUUUACUAUUGAUGGUAGGUACUUAAUACAAUAUUAUUCAAUAAUAAUAAUUAUUCGCUACGUUCUGUCAGGCCGUAAUAUAGUCAAUCGUAAUAUAGUUUGACAUGUUAGUGUGGCUACUGUCAUCGCGAGUGCGUGCCAAUGGUUCAAUCUUUCGUCCGAGUUGUUAGUUUCUUAAUAAUGUUUUAUAAAGCAUGCACAGAUAUUUUUUACGUAUACUAAUUGAUUUUUGUGUUGUGUUUUUUUUUUCUACUAGUUAUUUCUGCCGAUAAUGUCCAUAUUCGUACGCUACGAGUAAUGGGCGAAUUUAUCAAUUGCGCAGCGCUCCGUACGAAUUGAGUGCUUGCGUUUAUUUUACAAAAAACGAGUAUGCCUCGAUGAUCAUACUAUAUACGUUCGGUUCGCUCGCGAAUGCAUAAAUCGUCAUUAUUACCGGCUUGAAAGCUCGUCGGAUAGUGGCUAAUCUUCAACAAUUAAGUCACACGAAGUUGUUUUAACUUUUCAAAUACACAAUGGCAAAUCCAAGAAAGUUCAGCGAAAAAAUCGCCCUGCACAAUCAGAAACAAGCCGAGGAAACUGCCGCAUUUGAAAAAAUUAUGCAAGAAGUGUCAGCCGCUACUAAUGUCAAGGUAGGAUGUCAUGUCAAUAUGAUGAUUAUCAAUUUUUUUUCUUAUCCCCUCGGUGUUAGGUACGUGUUGUUUAUUCCACGGGUAUUUGUUUAUGUUGUGUAUCACAUGAUUUUCAUUUGAUAUUGUCAAAGCAUUCAUAUUUGGUCGAGUGUGUAGCCUAGAAAAUAUAACAAUAGUCGAUAACCCUAUCUCUCGGACCACUUAAACAAUUCAUAAUUUAGUACAUGUCUAUUUCACAUGAGAAAUAAAAACAAAAUGUCUACACCAUUGUUGUUCACCUUCAAUUUAUUGAUUAAGGUAUCUUUUUAAUAAUGGUCUAUUAAUAAUAUUUUUGGGAAGCCCAAUAUUUUUUAAAACCUAUUAGGAAGAAUUAAAAUAUUCAAAACACAUUAGUUAUCUAUUUAAAUUUAUUACCUAUAAUAAAUUAUGAUUAGUUCAUUCUUUUUUGUUAAUUUAAAUUCCAAUUAAAAGUCUGCAAUUUAUUUUAUUCAGGUACUUUAAUUAUUUACACUUUUUUAAAUUAAGUACCUAAAUUAUGGUUAUUAAAAUCGUGUGGUUGCACAUAGCUAAAUGAAAACAGUUUCCCCAAGGUUCUAAGUAAUUUAUAACAAAAGGCUAUAGGAAAUUUAAAACUUUUAUUUCUCAAAUCAAACCAUAGGAAUUUAAUUUAGCCAUUUUCAUAGUAAUAAUUUAUGUUAGGUUUUCUAGUACUAUAAGGUUAUUAUUUGUCAAUUAUUUCAAUAAAAAUAUUUGGUAAGGUUUUACCAUGAUAAAGGUAUCUAAUUAUAUAAUCUAAAAUAGGUAUGUACUUUUUAUGUACUAACAUUGUUAGAAUAAAUCUACCAAUUUACUUUCAAAAUAAUAAUAUACUUAAUGAUCAUUAUUUUACUGUUCAAAUGUACACUUUUUUAACUUAAUGUUGGUGAGGAAAUAUAACAGAAAGUGUUGUUUAUGGUGGCUGGCUCCUUUGUUAAAAUCCUUAACUACUAGGUAUGUAAGAGAAUGCGUGUAUGGCAUACUAUGGUGAAUUAUAAAUCAAUCUCACUCCUCAAAUACAAUUUUAUAUUUUUAAGUGUAAAAUCUACAUUAUAAUAAUCUCUGAAAUUUAGUCAUUUUAUAAUUUUAAACAUUAAGUAAUACAACUAUUUCCUAUAUCUACAUAUCAUAUAUUAAGUAAUACCUAUUUUCCUUAUUAAUUACUGUAUAGUUCCAAAUAAAAUUGAUAAAUUGACAGUUUUAUUCCAUACCUAGUUGGAAUACCUAAUUGUUAUUUUACUACCUAUCAAUUACUAACAAUUCGAAUGCGUAUUGAAUAUUUAAUGUUUAAUAUUAUCUGCAAAAAUUUAAUAAAUUUUGUGUCCACUGAUUAAGAUUUUUGAUUUGUUACUUGAUUUUAUUGACACCAUUGAUAGUCAUUAAACAUUUAAAUAUGAUAAACUUAAACAAAUUAGUUUGACUACUGGCAAAGCAGAGUUGUCAGUGUAAAAAGUCUCAACUCAUAUUCAUUUGAAAACUUUUCAAACUAAAAUUAAAUUUAUAAUUUUGAAAGUCAUUAUAUCCUUAUAAAUAUAUAAUAUUGAGUAUAAUAAUGUGUUGUUAUGCAUAUUCUUGGAUACAGAUCUUAAGUAUAUUUAAUAAUUAACAAAACUGUUAAUUUUAUUAAAAGUGUUAAUUGUAAUGGGUAAUAGUUACCUUGAUAGUAACAUUUGUGAUCUAUUGAAUUAUAGUCAUUAAUCCCUACAGACCUGCAUACAUAUAUUUAUACAAUACUCUGUUUUAUACUAAAAAUUAUAUUUUACUUGCUUUUUUACCAGUUAAAAUGUUUAUAAAUGAAAAAACCUUCAAACAGAUACAUUUAUUCAGGUUAUUGUGUACAAUUAUUUAUAAAAGCACCCUUUAAUUAGGAACACACAAUUCAUCAUUAAUUCAUUUUUCAACCUCUAUACUUAUUUGAAAACUUUCAUCACUGUUACCAAGCAUUUUUAAGUAAAUUAAAAGGACCCUGCUAUCCUACUGAUAUCCAACUGAAAAUAUAUGUUGUACAAAUUUUAGAUGUGUUUUUUAACUUUAUUAAACCUAAUCUAAUAAAGAAAAAAGAGCCUUGGACCAAAAAAUCAUACUAAGGAAAAAAUGAUUGUAAAUUAAACCUGUUUAAAAAAAAAAAUAAUAAUAAUAAAUUAAGUAGGUAGGCUAAUUUUCCAAGUAUUAAUUUUAAAAUUCUUAAAUAUUAGUGUAUCAUUGGUGAUUAUAAAUCAUCUGAAUAUCCAGUAUAAUAUAUGGAUAAAUAGAUUCCCAAUAAAAGUAUAGCUACAUCAUAUUAUUAUUAAGGAUUUUUUGAUUAAGCAUUAUACAAUGAUAAGAAAUGCAAAGCGAUAAAUCAGUGAAAUAAGAUGAAUAAAUUUCCAAUAAAAAUAUAAUACGUAUACCUGUAAUAAAUAUAUUUUUUUUUUUUUUACUACUUAUUAUUUUUUAAAUAUAUGUAUUAAUUUACAACAGUGCUUUUUUUCCUCAAUGUUAUACACAGAGUUGUAUCUCUUAUUAUAGAUACCUACUUACCAAAAUGAAAAUGUUUAUAUUUAAUACAUUUUGUUUCUUGUUUUAUAUAAAUAGUACUUAUUAAAAAAUUGUCCAUGUGAUUUCAAAAAAAAAAAAAAGUAUUUUAUAAUUAAUACUAACCAACCUAUCAAUAAAAGUUGGCAGCAAUAUCACAUAAUAUGUGUGGUAGCUUUAAGUGUUUAGGCUAGGUGUUUGUAAAUCACAAGGUUAUGAAUCAGUUGAUAUUUGGCUAGCUUUAUUAAUUUUUAAAUGUAAUGACUAUGAUACUUAGUUUCAUACCUAGGCAUAGGUUUUGGCGACUAAUUUAUGUUUAUAAAAUUACCUAAUAGCCAUAAAAGUAUCUUAAAUAGAUACUUUUAUAGAGAAGUUUUAUUAUAUUUAUAAUAAUAAUUGUUAAAGUAACAUCAUAGAGAUGUGGCUUUUUCUUAGUAAUAAUAUUUUUAGCAAUGAUUACUUCAGUUAUGCUCAGAGUUAGACUUUGGAAAAGAAUUGUGAAAAUAUUCCCACUGCUGUCUGCUUAAAAUGUAGGGAAAAGAGAUUAUAUUUUAACUUAAAACAUAAAAAAAUAAACAUAGUACUUACCUUAUGAGUAUAAUAGGCAUGAAUAUAUUUGUAUUACCUAACCUAGGAUAUAUUAACAAUUUUAUCAAAGAAUAUAAAGUUAACAAUCAUAAUAUUUCAUCACCAAUGUGUAACUAAACUAUUAUAGUUCAACUAUAAUUACAAUAAUAAAUAAUCCUGAAACUGCAAACCUAACCUAGCCUAACUUUGAAUAGCUUUGUUAUAAUUAUAUCUUGUCUAGGUUUAAUUCAAAAUUUAGUUUGAGAAAAAUUGUUUGAACUAGAUACAUAUUAUGGUCUAUUAAAAUGUGAUAUUUGAUAAAUUUUUAGACAUGAGUAAUUACAAUUAUAGUUAAUAAAUCACCAAAUCAACAUUAAAGGUUGUGAUAAACUCUCAAAAAUUGAAAUUUUCUUAUCAUCAAUAUAAGUUGUUACGACUUUAAGAAAUCUUAAAUGGUCAAAGAAUUUGUAAUUUUAAAAUUCACUCUAUUUUUAUAAAUAUUGAUUAUUCAAAAUUCUAAAAACAACAUAGAUGAUAUUAUCUAAUAUGAUGUAUUAAUAUACAUUCGAGGCGUAGUGAGAGAUCUAUUGGUUUGAUUCUGAGUUUGACUAUGUAUAUUUUUUUCUAUCUGUUAAAAACUUUUCGAACAGAAAACUUGUUCUACUUGGAAAAUAUCAAGAGAGCAUCUUUUUGGUUGCAUAUUGAUCUGGUUAGUGCAUUGGACAAAUCAUUUUUUUUGAUUUCCCAAGGGGUUUUCAAAAUAAUUUGGAAAAACCGGAAACAAAAUAAUAGGAAAACAACAAAUAUUUAUAGCACGGCUCAGCAUUACUUACCAAUUUCAUUAUUUUAAAUGUGUACGCUUUAUGUUUUCUACCAGAAAUAUUGCUCCUAUUGAAAAACUACAAAAAUAUAUUUUGUUGCAAUUUAGAUCUUGUUGGUUAGUUAAAAAGUCGUUGAAAGAAUAGGAAAGUUUGUCGGAAAUAAUGGUUUCAUAAUUUUCAUUUUUAUCUAUUAUAUAUUUAAACCAUACCUACAUAGUUCCUUACCUAUUAAUUAUUAUGUAUCAAAAAACUGGGCAUGGCGAAUGAAUGUCACAGUAAAGCUGUGAGUGUAUUGACUGCAAUGUAAAUAUUGUAACAGUUUACCAUAUAAAAAUAAAAAUGCAUAACUGUCAAUCAUGUAAAAUAAUUAUACCUCAAAUUGUACAUUAGACUUUCAAAAACUAACAUCAAUUUAAAAAUGUUUUUAACGGAUUAUAGAUUUAAGUACUUAAAACCUUUUAGAAAAAACUAUUGAUAGUUAUCAAAGAAUACUUGGUAGACAUAUAUAUUACUACAAACCAAUAAUUUAAAUAGAAUUAUUGUAUCAAAAAAAAAAAAAAAAACUAUUUUCAGAAAACCCUAAAUUAUAGAUUAACCUAAUGUGUUCAUUGAUCAUUUUUAAAAGUAUAUGCCCACAAAAACUAAUUAAUAAUGUUUGGAACUUAAUUCAAUAACUAUUUAUUCUUAAAAAUCAUCAGUAAAAAUAUAAAUUCUAACUUAUAACACUUUAGUAAGUAAUAUAUUAAGUGUAGUUAUAUUAGUUGUAUUCAACCUUAAAUAAUCCAAUUUAUAAAUUAUAUUUUGAAAAAGUUGGACAUAUCAUAUUUUAUGUUUUGCAAUGGAUAGGCUACCGCAAUUAUAGGUGAGAAGUUAGUAAUAUAUAAAGUACUUAUAGAAUAAUUUAUUUUAAAUAUUGAAUGUAACUAUAAAUUAUUGUAAAUAAUUCAAAACCCUUUCUGUGUGAAACUUGUUUAACUGUUUUAACUAAUUAAACUAUUAAAGUAGAUUUUUGGGUACUUGUCUAAUAUGCCUACCCAAAAAUAUGUAUGUACACCAAUAUUUGACCAGUCUAAUAUGAUGUAUGUAUACUAACCUACCUAAACAUUAUAUUAUAUUACAUAUAAUAGUACUUACAUUUUUUCUGCAAGAAAAUAUAAUAUAUCCUAAAUUUAUCCAUUGUCAGUUUGUUAACAAAUUAAUUGUUCAGCAGUAAACAGCUUUUAUAUUGUGUAAAACUGAUUUGAAUGUACCUAUUAGUAGGCUUGAUAGAUUCUUUUUUCAAAAUAACUUAUAAUGGUAUUAGGUUUCAUAUUAGACCAAGAAUAAUUUAGUUUAUGUUGGUGAUACAUCCUUCCGAAUAGGUAUUAGACAAGUACCCUUCUUCUUUGUAUAGUUGUUAUGUAUACAAAUUUACAUUUAAUUGUAUUUCAUAUAAUAAUUUAAAAAAAUAUGAUUUCAACUCUUAAUUAACUAGAAAAUUAUAAAUACAUAGGUGCAUUUAAUAAACCUUUCAUACAUUUAUCAUUGCAUAAUAUUUAUUAUCCAAAAUAAAAACUAUUUCAAUAUGUAAAUGUAUAUUAUGCUAACUAAAAACUUUUAUAAAUUAUUGAUCCAAUGAGUUAUUAUAUUUUUCACAAAAAAUAAAACUUCAUAUCUAUAAAAAUAAAUGUAUGUUGUAUUUGUACAUUGAUGACGGUAAUAGUGUAUCCAUCAUAAUAUUAAUAAAUAACAAACAUAUUGGAAAUGCGCAUAUAAUUUAGAUUAGGUAUCCACAUAUUAAUCUAUUUACCUACCUACCUAAUUUGUUAUUUUGAAAAUCAUUACACAGUUAUACCAAGGAAGUUUCAUUGAACAUGAAACUUUAUAAUAUUCAAAUUUAUUUAUUAUGUUUAGUACUCAAUUUUAUUUAUUUUUGGAAUUUUAAAUUUAAAAUAAUCCACAAUAUUUGCUUUUAAAAAUUCAAUUGAGUUUUGGUCUGUUAUAUAAUUAACUAUAUGAGGUGUUAAUUUUGUAUAAAUACAUCCUUUUUAUUAGGUAUAAUAUUAUUCAUUGAAUCAAAAUUCUCUAUAAAAAUAAAUAUCUUUAUAGUUCUAUCAAUAGUUGCUGUGUGUAUUUAUAGUACUUAAUAGUAAUAAUUUCAAUCCAUUUAAGUGAUGCUGAUCAAUUCAUACAUUUUUCUGUAUAUCACAUAUAAAUACUAUUGACUAUAAUAUAAUGCGUUCUUAUAAUACUAUAGUUUAUGAUAGUUGUAAUGAGUUCAGUUAGUUGUAAACAGUUUUCGUGUAUUCUCAAGGCCAGAGGGAAGCAAAUUACUAAAUUGCACGUGCUAUGGAGAAAUUAUAUUACAUGAUUUCUAUAGUUCGUUAUAUUCAAUAAUAAUAAAUAAAAACAUUGUGUUUAUUAUCUUUUGGCAAAAGUAUAACUAAUGAGCUCAUAAAAAAAUUAAUUUUUUUUUUAUUAUUAUUAUUUACUGCUAUUGUAAGUUAAGGCAAGUUAUUAUUUUUUUAUAUAUGUAAUGUGCGUAUGUUAUUCAACAAGAUUAUUGAAUGACGUUUUGGAUCAAGCUGAUAAUAUUCUAAUGCAUAUUAUAAACGUGUUGAGUGUACAUACAGAGAGAUUAAAAUACUAGUAUGAUAAUUGAUAAGUAAUCAAUAAAUAAAUUUUAUGAAAUUUAAUUGUAUAUCAUUAAUUAAAAUUUAUAAAAAAAAUUUAGUUCUAAAGUAUGAAUUUUACUAUCGUAAGUAAAAUGUCUGGAAUUUUUUAUUUUAUUUUUUGUAGUAUUCAUUAAUCAUUAUUUUGUUUGUAAUUUAAAGUUAUGUGUCAAAUAUAAAUAUAAAAAUUGCAUUCUAGUACUAGUAUUACAAAUAAAAUAACUCUUAAACUCCCUAUUAUGUUUAGCUCCCGUUGUAUAUAUUUGACUAACUCCUUAUGAAUACGACCAAAGAUCACAAAAUUUCAUCACGGUUAAUUAUUAUACAGUCCAUUUUGUUUUUGCUAACGUAAUAAUAUGUUUAGUAUACACUUUUGAUCAAAUUUAUUUAGGUACUGAUCAGUUGUUUGAAACCAUUUUUAGUGCUAAUCAACUAAGCUUGAUUCUUGAAUGUAAUAAAUCAUUUAUUAUUUAAAUACAAGCAUUAAAACUCAUAAGUAAUAGGAAGUAUACAAAUAUUAAAUAAUACGAUUUUACUGGUUUCAGAAAGAAAAAAAAUGUUACUUUUAUCUCUACUGGCAAAACAAAAACCUAUUACUAAUGCAUUUAUACAUUAUUACACUUGAAUAAAUAAUAUUACAAUCGAUCUUUUUUAACUCGUACAUAAAUACAUUCAACCUCAACGCCACGGGUACACUGACGUCAUACAAAUUACCUGAUAGGUAUAUGAAAAUACCAUAUUUUUUUUAUUUUUUUUAGAGUUAACUCUUCUAUUUAAAAUUAAUAUAAUCAGAAUUAUUUAUUAUUAUAAUUUUUUAUAAUUAAUUUUGUAAUACCAAAUAUCAUAAAACCUUUUGCCCUCAAAAAAAAAAAAAAACGAAGGAUACGGGUACUUAAGUUAUUUGCAUAAUCUCAAUAUAAAUCUAAGAGGUAAACCACUCUAAUUUCCAUCUCAUAUUUACAUCCAUAGUGAGAUCUUUAAAUACUUGGUAAUUUUGAGUUAUAUAUUAUCAUUUGGAAAUGUAGCAUAACUAUGGUAAAUUUAUAAAAAUUAUAUUAAUAAUAAUAUUAACUACUAAUUACACUUAAGUUUGGUACCCAUAUAAAUUUUCUUUUGCGUUAAAUAAUUUAUAAAUAUUAUUUUUAAAAACAAUUUCAAGGGAUUGUAUUUAUUUAAUGUCGUUUUAAUUGUUUCUUCUUGAGAAAAAAAAUUGUUUCUUUUAAAAAUUAUAUAUUUUCUUCUGCAACAAACUGCUGUAUAUAAGUUUAUAAUUUUUAUUUGCAGAUGUACAUUAUGUUGUAAAAUGUAAAUUGUUCUUAAUACAUUUAUUUCAAACAAUUUUAUACAUUAUGUUUAAUCCAAUAAUUUUUAAAGUAAUUUAAUUUUUGUGAAAUAUAUUUUGAAUAUAAUAUACAGGUGAUCCUUUUAUCAUUAAACCGGUGAUUUUCUCUAAGGAUUUUAAGUGCAUUCAAUUUUUUUUUUUUUGUUUAAUCAUUGUGGAAUCAUAUAAGCUCUAUUUUAAUACUAUUUUCAAAUAUUGACCUCUACUCUUUAAUUAGUAUACUCUUUGGAUAAUAGCAACCCACCCUUUUUUUAAUCAUAUAUUUGAAUAGAGAAUAUUUAUAUUAUAAAGUUGACAUGUGUAACAUUUAUAUCGGAUAUAGCAUUUCUAAGUUAUAACAGUUUAAAAUUUAGAUUGGUUUAUCUUCCCUAAACAUCUAAAUUUUAAACUGUUAUACAAAAUACAUUAAAGGUAUAUCCAAUAUUGGUAGGUAUUAUUUUUAUCAGACAUUUUUAAAGCCAAUGCAUUCAAUUUUGUGUUUAAAGGGUGGGUUAUUUAAAAUUCCAAACUGUAUACUCAUUUAAGAGUAGAAAUAGAAAUUAGAAAAUACUAUAAAAAAAAGUUUAAAAAAUAUCAUAAGUAAUAAUUCGAAAAAAAAAAAACAGAAAUCGAAUUUUCCAUGUGUAGGUAAUCCCCCGGAUAUUCCUAUAAUAAUAAAAUAAUAAAAUUCUUUUAGAAAAUCAAUGGGCCAUGAUAAAAAAAAAAGUUGCUUGUAUAGGUAAUAAAUAUAAAUUAUAAAUUAAAUUAAAUGAAGUAUUAAUUUUAAACCUAAUUAUUUUUUUUUUGUCUUAUUUGAAUCACAAAAUAAUGAAUGGGUAUAUUUUAAAAAUGUUCAAAAUACUAAUGUCGAAUACUAAUAAAAACUUAUUUCAUGUUAAUAACUAAUAUUAUAAUAUUUAUCAAAAUAAAUUGCAGUAAAAUAAGAUAAUAAGAUAUUCUAUGUUUAUAGGUAUAGUGAAAAUAGUAUAAUAUUAUAUAACAUGUACUUUAUUUAUAUUAAUAUUUUCUUUUGAUGUUGAAACAAGCAACAUAAAUUUUACCUAGUGUGUGUAUCUAAUAAAUAUAUUAAAUUAAAAUAUUAUUAUUGUCAAUUAGAUAAUUAAUCUAAACUGAAAAUUGAAGUAUAACUACUACGUUUAUUCAUUUGUUUGUAAAAUUCUAAAUAUCAUUUUUAUUUAUUUUCAUAAAAUUUUGCCAUAAGAAUUGGAUAAUAAGGUCUGGGCAACUUGAAAAUUGUAUUGUACAACUGUAUAAUAUGAUCUUAUACUGAGUUCUGAAUAAUAGAAUAUCAUUAAAUUUCAAGGUCCUAAUUCAAGGUUAAAAACAAAAUUCAUAGGUUCCAGAGCUAAUACACGACUGUAUAUUAUAUAUAAUAUUCAUCGUCAUAGUUUGAAGAUUUUUUCACUGAACCGGUUACAUGCCAUAAAUUAUAACAGUGAGGUUUUUAAAUCAUUACUUAACUAUUCCUGCCACCGCUCAAAUGUUAAUAGGUACUAUUUAAAUCAGUGUUUCCCAACCUUCUUUUACAUAACGCCCCUUUUAGAUUGUCAAAAAACUCUUACCGUCCCCUGCCUGAUAAAUUAAAAAAAAAAAAUUUCAGUUUAAUUUUUAUAAUUAGCCAUUUAAGUAAAGUGAAAAAUAAAUAUUUUCUUUAAAUGUUGAACUCGGACAUUUUAUUAUAAUUAUAAAUAUAACUAAUGUACAUGCACGCUAUAUUGUAUAGCUUCAUGUAAUUAAUGCAAGUAUACAAUAUUGUCAGAAAUAUUUAUAUAAAAAAUGGAAUAUUUUGCUGUUAUUUCGCUGAAUUUCGCUGUUAUUGUAGUGUGUAUAAAAUAUUUAAUUAUUUAAUAUUUUUUUCUAUUAUACACAGAUAUACAUUUCAUUACAAUAAGUUAUGAAUUUAGUUAAUAUUGUUUUAAUAAUAGCGAACUUUCAUAUUAAUGAAAGUCACAGUAGAAUCGCCCCCCUUAGUGCCGCCUUAAGUAAAAAGUUUCAACAUUAAAAAAAGCUCACAAGGGGGCGGUAGCACCCACGUUAGGAAUCACUGAUUUAAAUCAAUUAUUUUUCCAAAUUUUACAUUUACAAUAUUAUUUAGGUGAGCAACUUAAACAUAUUAAAAGUAAAUUACUUUAUAUUCAGUUGGUAACAAUAAACCAUUAGUCUAAGUUAGAUUAUUAAUACAAUGUAAUGUACACCUCACUAAAAUGUUCUCUUUUAAUUUGUUUGAAUAUUUAUAAUCUAUACAAUCAAUAAUAAAUACAUUUGGUAACAUGAGGCGUGGAAAAGGAGGACUCUUUUCUUAAAAAUAAUUUCUUGUAAUAAAUUAUGGUAGGUAUAGUUUGAUUUCAGAUUUUGAAUAAGUAUAUGUUUAAUUUUAUUUACGUGGUGUUCAGUUUUUCCUCUGUGUGAAGGUUAUUUUUCUGAGUUGUAUUUAAUGAUACUAGAUAAAUACUAUUUAACAUACACAUAGUGGUUAUCAAUGAAUUUGACAAUAUUUUAUUCAUGAAUAUAAUAAUAUGUAAGAUUUUAUUGUUAAAACUAAUUCAAAGUAUUACUUUUUAUUCUUUUACUCAAAGGCAAUCUUAAAUUAGUUCUACCGCACUAAAUAUUAUCGUAUCACAUAUAAUCUGUCAUAUACCUAGUAUUAUAAAGGUCGUUAAUGUUGACAAUGUUGUAAAAUGUUUGAGUAAAUUUAAAUUUUCUUUUUUGUUUAGUUUAAAUUGUUUAGCAUUUAUUAAAGCUGCAUGCCCUAAUUAUUUUAGACAAAUAAAAAGAUAUUCAGUUGUUAUGGAUCUUAUAUAAUACUAUUUAUAUUAUAAAAUAUGUUUCGUAUUAGUAUAACUAUACAUGUUAUGCUGAUGUGUACUUACCUAAAUAAUAACGUCAAAAUAUCCUAUCUAAUGAUUCUUUAAUAAAUUAUUUAAAAUAUUGUUAAAUAAGAAUUUAGGUAGGUAGUAUUUUAAAUAAAAAUAUUUUUAUACAUCUAAAAGUUUCUAACAUUGCAUUUAAUAAUGUUGAAAACAAAUUAUUUAUUGAUUUAAAUAAGUGUUCGUUACAAUAUUAUUUAUUACUUAUUAUUAUAGUUAAUAUAAAUCUCCAUCUGUUUUAUUAACAAUUGUAACCGCUGUAUUAUUAUUUUAAAACACUAUCAAUAAAUCGUUAUAUUUUACUAGUUUCUACUUCCUAGUUGGUAAAUAUUGAAUUUUUUUUUUUUUAAAGGAUUUUAGAUGCUAUAGAAUAUUUACUAUAAAUUUAAAUAUAAUUUUUAUCAUAGAUUAUAUUGUACUAUCUACUAUUUACAACCUUGUAAAUUACUACUUUUGUAAAAAAAAUAUUUAAUUUUAAUUAGGAAAAAAAAAUAACACUGAUAUUACUUAUUAUAAAUUUACAACAUUAUUUAUAUAACAUCUUUAGUAUAUUAUUUAAAAUUAUAAUUUCAACAAUAUACUGGAAAUUGAGUAGAGAAGGGUGGAAAAUCUUAUUAUUAGCAACAUUAAGUUGCUGCGAAAGAAUUUCAAAAAUGACUUGAUCAGUUAUUGUAUUUACAUAUUAUAAUUAAGAAAUUAUAAUAUUUAAAAGAACAAUUCAUAUUUUGCACCAUAUAAUUAAUUUUAUAAUUUUAUAAGUCAUUAAAUUAAAAAUAUUCCUUGUAGCAACCCCCCUCCUAAAAAAUAAAAAUAAUAAUAAUAAUAACUGACGAGAGUUUAAUACAUUUUGCUGGUUUCAUUCAUUUAUUUUUCCUGUAAAAUAAAAAACUAAGAAUAGAUAUCAAACAAUGCCCUUCUCAAUGCCCCUGACCAAAAAAAAAAAAAAAAAUUACUACCAGAAACUAAUUAUUUUGGUGAGAAUUAGUUUAAGUAGAAAUUGUGUUCAUAGGUAGUUCACUCUUCAUAAUAAAAUCAGAACGUUCUACACUAUGCUCAGAAUCAAAAUGAGUACUUAUAUACUGUACAAAAUAAAUAAAUAGUAAAUUAAUUACUAUUUGUUUCAGUAAAUCGCACACGCACGUCAUAAUUAAUUCUUAAUUCGUCGUGCAUAUUACUUUGUAUCAAAUUACAUUGAAAAAAAAAAAAACUUUUUUCAUCAUUUAAUCUGUUUUAAUGAAGAACACUGAACAGAGCAAUUUCUCCUUUCGCAAAUGAAUUCUUAUCCCAAACCCUGGUACUUAAUUAAUUUGAUUUUGAUACAGUUAGUAUUAUUACAUAUUAUUAUAAACGUAUUAUUAAAGUUAAAUCUACUAAUUAUCGUUUCUAAUUUAAUUUUGUACACAUUAUUAAAUUUCAUCAUAAUUUUUUGUCAGACUAAAUAAUACUGUUAAGUAUAUAGCGGUUUAAAAUCCGUACACAAUAUUAUUAUUUGUCUGAUAUUUUGUUAAUAAUGAAUAUGAGAUUCAAACAAGGCUAUUUUGGUAAACAUCGCGUUUUUUUCAAUCUAACGAGAUGUUUUUUAUUACGAGUGAAAAUACUCGUAUAUGUUUAAAAUUUAUAAUUAAUAUAAUAUAAUUUAAGCCAGUUGCCAGUUGAAGUACUUCAAAUUUCUCGAACCUACUAAUUUCUAAAAUAUACCUACAACACAUUAUUGUUUUGUAUACUUGCAACACAUUUUAUCUCGUUAUAAAUGUAUACAUAUUCCAUAUUUUAUCAAUUGCCAAGUUAAAAAUACAUAUAUUCAUAUUUUUGUUUUACGUAAUAAUAUAUCAGUUACAGACAGAUUAUAAAACGUAACAACGCUUUUCUGAAAUAUUUAUCUAGGUUUUUUUUUUUGUAUUCAUUAAUAUUUGACAUUUUUUAAUACGGUUUUAUCGUUUUAUGUACAAUCAUAUUGUAUUAGUUAUAUAUAAUGUAUUUUUAAUAUUAUAAUUAUUAGAUAUACUUACCAAUAUAAUAUAUUAUCUGUAUACCUAUUCAAUAACAUUUAAAAUCCGUAAAAUACAUAAGUGUUCAUGUAGAAAAUACUAUUUGCACACACAAACUGUGGUUUUGAUUAAUUGGAAAUAGGCGCCCAAUAAUGUUACUCGUUAUUAAUUGUAUUAUAUUUAACUUAAAGGCAUUAUAAUAGUCAAAGAAGAUUUAACAAAAUAUAUUGUAUUUUAUUUCAAAAGUAAGAAUAUUAAUUAAUUAUCUCCGUGUUUUAAACUUCCGACUUUUUGUGUGCUCGAUUUUGUCCAUUGACUUAUAUUCUCGCUAAAAUAAUUUCGUUGAUAAAAUGUUCCACUCCCAUUCAUACAAUGGGUUCGCGGAGAGGCCUAUUCAAUAAUUCGAGCUUCUGGAACGGCCGGGAUCACGUCAUUGCUGAGUCUGCGUCGUGGCCUACAUUCACGUUUUUACUUAGUUUUCCCCGCCGUAUUAUCCUCCAUUGACAAACUUUGCCUUGCAACGACCUGGGCUCUUUACUUUUCAACCGCACCUGUUAUACCUUAUACCUACCUUCUUUUUUUAUCCGUACGAACGGGAUAUUAGAUAUUACCCUAUAUUAUUAUUAUUGCUAUGUAGGUACCCACCUAAAUAAAUCAUCCUAUUCAUUAGGCAUUAGACGUUUUCAAUAACAAUGAAAAUAAUUAUUAUUGUAUGUAUCUUUGUUCUCGGGCGAAAAAAGGCUUAAGUCGAUUUUAAAAAUAUUAAAAUUGAGAUAAAUUAUUAUAAACGCGAAUAAAAUGGUAUUAUUAAUGAGAUUUGUGUGGAACUGCUUAUGUUAGCAAUGUUUGGCGAUGUCCGGUUUUAUUUUUUACAACUAGAGUCUUAUCAGGUUCUGCGUUGAAGUGCAGAUUCAAUUCAAUUCAACACUUCAAUUCUUCUUUUGUAGUGCACUCUGGCCAAAAAUCGAUUUUCUUUUUGAAUGCUCGUAUUUUGUGGCUACCAUUCUAAAUUGUCAGAUUUCUUCCUUGUAUGGAAAUACUGUGCUCGUUCAUAGCUAAACAUAUCGACCAGGUACGACAAUUGACAAAGGCUGGUCACGUCGUUCACGAAUUCAGUCAAUUGAACGUUAUGAUCCAUUAAGAAAGAUAGAACUUCACUUCGUAAUUAUUGUACUAACCGUGUAAGAACUUUACCGUGUGAGAUAAGCCAGCUAACUUCUGUGUUGGAAAAGUGAAGACUUCCCACAUCGUCACACAAAACUGUUAAAAAUCUAGAUUUUUGAGGCCUUAACUUGAUGAAGUUUAAUCCUUGUUUAGCUUCGUCCAUAACGUUUUACGGAUAUAGGCCAUAUUAUCAAUAAGUAUUUACCGUCAUCGUAAGCGUGCGCAGGUCCUCUUGGCAGGGGAGCGACGAUGUUUGAAAUCAAAUCUUACAAAAAAAAUCACAAGCACAAAUAGUCCAAAUAUUUUUGGAUUGGGCUUAUUUGCUCUAGCCCCGUUAUAUUGAUUAUGUGUACUUAGUAUUUAUUUUAAGGGGCUUGGUUAUGUUUUAGGGAAAGGGGGUCGAGAUCCUCAAAAGGUUCCUCCCCUGUUUGCAACAAAAUUAAGGGUAUCUAUUGCAUUAGGGUUUGGAUAUAUUAAAAAAAAUAUUUAAAUUUUGCGUGGUUUUUUAAAAAUAUUUUGGCGAAAUAUUAUCGCAGGGGUAGCCAGCCGCUAUUAUUCUGUCUUCCGCACGUGCCCACGCUUAUGACCGUUAUAAUAUAAUCUUAAUUAGCCCUGUAUUAUUAUAUUAUGGGACUCGUCGUGGUUGUUUUUUCCUCGGCUAACAUAAUUGCACAAUAUCGUAUUGUCUAUUGUUAUGUAAAUAUGAACACGACUGUAAACAACGAUAUUAUGACGUUUGAUGAAAAAUGUGCAAUCGUCCAGUUUUCAAUCCGACGGGACACCGAACCAAUAAUAUUAUUAUCGAUGAACAAUACCUUAAUCCAUCGAUUCCACCGACCCGGCCGUAAUAUAACGUCGGGUUUUAGAUUGUAAUAAUUAUGGUAGGUAGUCCAAUGGCAUUCGUCGGACGUGCGUGCGAUUUUCGAUAAAUGUCGGAUUUCUGCGGAUGUCGUUGGAUGGGCCGCCGGGGAUUAACAAUAGCGGCGUCCGGUAAUUUUUUUACUAUCGCAAUAAUCCGACAGCAGUGAAUCCGCGCGUCGGAGUUUAAACGCGCAAUCGAUCGUUUUCAAACUUGAUAAUACCGUAUUAUUAACUUUACGUCAUCCGUUUAACUGGAUCCACAUUUGUUUUUACUUUUUCCCCGUAAUAUUUUCGUCUUCUAGAAUCCGCGUGUAUUCAUCUAUUUUGUAAUGUCCGUUCUAUUCUAUAUAAUGGAUUAAUUAUAUACAAUACGGUUUGCGCGGAUUGAGUUGGAUGGAAAUCGCGCGGUGGGCCACCACACACGAGCAUGUUCAGCCGGGGCCCCGUUAUCUUUGUGAAAGAACAAAAAUAAAAUAAAGAAAUAAUAUUGUAUUCGUCAAUUAACUGACGUGUUAGUAGUAGUAGAGGUACUUGUUGCGAACAUGUGUGCGUCCGCCGCGUUUGGCCUGUGCAACCGUUUUUUAUUGCGCGUUUUCGCCGGUGCACAGCCGCGCCGCCGUACCUACGUACCGUUCAUCCGGCGGACAUCGGCCGUACGCUCCACAGCAUACUAAUCGAUAAUUCGCUAAAACGCUACAUUCACGUACGUGUUUGUGUGUGUGUGUAUAUAUAUAUUUUUUUUUUUAUUUCUAUUUGUCCGACGAUAUUUAUAGGCGAUUCCCGUAUCCCCGGUGUUGCCGUUUCCUACGUUGAUAAUAUCAAUAUGUACUCGAAUGGUUAAAUGAUUAAGAUAAAAAUAUACCGCGUGAUUCAUGCCCGUAGUGUUGUACAUUAUACUGCGCGAUGGGAGACGGCGGUCUAUCAGCUCUCGUAUCUCGUAUCGCAUUGCCGCCACGUGUACGCAAUAACGAUAAAAGCGAAUUUUCGAAUGACAAACCAUAAGCGACUUCUUUAUGCCGCUCGGCAAUCACUUUUUAUAAUAUUAUUAUAUGUGUAUAUAUAUUAUGACACUCGAAUAAAAAUAUCAAACAUAUUGUGUAGUUUUUGUUUGUACACACAGUCGUAUAAUACAGCGGUCGUAAUCAAAUUCCUUAAGCGUUCUCAAAACGUACACGUACAGAGAGAAAAAAAAAAUGCGUGUCUACGAAUUCCGCGGUAUUUUGCAUUAUUAUAAAUUACGUUACAUAUUUUUUUUUUUUUUUCUAACUGCGCCUACAAUCGCCGAAAAAUAAAAAAAAAUAUUACUGUAUUAUAAAGAGUGCGAUAAAAAAAUAUUUGACGGUUAUUUUUUUUUUUCUUUGAAACAAAAAUUUAAUCCGCUUGAACGUUCCAAAUUUUAUAUUACUUAUUUUAUCGGGAAAAUGGAAAUCGUUUUACAAACAUAUGGUGCUUCGCAGUUUGAACACAUUUCAGCGUCUUCAUCUAAUAUUGUGUCGACACACUCUUGAUAUUAUCGUUUAUUGGUACAUAAAUCGAGUUUCCAUGGUUAAUUUCGAAUAAUAAUAAAAAUGCAUUCCGUUCGCAAUCUCCAUACCAUUAUUAUGUAAUAGUAAUACUAAUAUGUAAUUGUUGAACCAAGAAACAGUGGUUCUAAACUAUAUUACACCCGGAAUGCAGUAUGCUUUAUAACUUGUAUUUCAGAGAAUACGUUCAAACGUAAAUUAUAUAAUUGUAAUAAUACUAUAUCGUUAUAUAAUUAUUAUCUGUGCGUAAAAGAAAAGAAAGCGAAAAUAUACUUAGUUUCCGUACAUCAUCAUCCUAACGAAACUCGUUAAUGUAAUUUUUUUUGUCGUUUUUAUGUAGCUCGAAAAUAAUUUUUAGCGUCCAGGCAUAAUUAUCGGCGCCGCUAUAAAUUCGAGUCCUGAUGACUGAUGUUGUAAACCCGCGUGUGUCCAAACGCACCAUAUCUCAACUACUUGGACCCGAGAAUAUCGGACACGGGUAUUAAUGUUGAAAGCUAUGUUAAAACCUCGAUCUAAAACCCACGAUGAAAUUUUCUUUCCGUACCGAAAACGGGUGCGUGUAUAAAAAACCAAACAAAAAAAAAAAAAAAAAAAACGACCGGGUUAAAAACAAACCGGCCGUAGUAUUAUUAUAUGAAUCGUUAUCGAUCGUGUUAAGCGUGUGUGAGACACACAAACGCCGCACGCCACACGCAUGGCGUACCGCGAGAUGUAAAGUAUCGGACUAGAGGGAAAAAUAAUAAAAAUGUACGGGCCGUCAUUAAAUAAAUAAAUAUUAUUAUCGUAUUUUACGGCGGGGAAAACAUAAAAACUAAUUCUAAAGUGGGUUUUCGCGCGCGGCUAUUUCCGUUUAUUCCCGUGCGAAAAAAAAACAUUGUUACAACAAUGGGUCUAGGCCGGCCGACGCGUGUGAGCGUGUUUUAUUACGCGUUACGUUCGACGGUAGUACACCGUAGGCACCUACGUCUCCACGUUGUUUAUUAUUUAUAAUAUGCGUAGUUUGUAACGCAGGUAUAAUACACGAUCCAAACGUGUUUUUUUAUUAUUAUUAUUAUUUUUUUUUUUCUCUCGUUUUUCGACCGGCGACGCGCGCGAGAUUUAAAUGAGAUAGAGCGCGCGUGCGCGCGCGAAAGAGAGAGAGAGAGUGAGAGAGAGAAGAGAGAUCGCGCGAAUAUAAACGGCCGCGCCGCGCGAAAUCAACUUUUCUGUAUCUGCACCGGCCCCGCGUCUGUCACUGUCGUUUUGCGGUUUGGCACGUGGCCUGCGUUGCCCUACUUCCGGAGUGCCGCCGGUGCAUUUUCCGAACGCGGAGCGCACGGCCUCCGCCUGUGUGUGCGUGUGCGUGUGUAGUCGUGUCGUCGGCGGCGGUGCUCGGCGCGGCGUGUGCCGUUGGCUGCUGCUGCUGCUGCUGCUGGCCGUGUGCGACUGGCGACACGCGCGCGCACGCACGCACGCACGCACGCACGCAUCACACAGGUCUGUUCGGUAAUCGCGGCGGCGGUGGAUGACCUACUUGUAAUCACGCGUCCGCAUAGAACGCAACUUUAUUCGCCUACACAAUCAAUAUCGCACAAGGGACGAAGCCCGUCGCCGCCGACGACGACCGGCCUCCCGCGCCACGGGUUUUACGCGCCGGCGACGCGACGACCCGAGUAUCGCGGCGUUCCCCCGAAAUCACCAAUCGUUAUUAUUAUUGUUAUUGUUAUUAUUUAUUGCUGAUGUUGUUGUUGUCGAAUAAUAAUCGCCCGAAUUUUUUUUUUUUUUUUCCUAUUAAUUGGCCGCGGUGCCAAUUCAACAUGCGGUCUACCUCGUCCGUGAUGCGAUAUAAACACAAUAGCUAUUAUACGCACUGCGAAAUUCCUUAUAUUACAUAUUCAAAUACUGACAAUAUUGCGAUUUAUUUCACGCCCAUGUGUAUAUCCGUGGUUGCCCAUAAAACAACUUUCGGAGGAGCGACAAACUGGGACCCGGUUUCCAAAUACACAUUUUAAAGUCAACGAUACGGAUAUAAGAACCCAAGUUUUGUAAAAAAAAUAAAAAUUAUACGAUAAGCGUGUAGAUAAAUCAAUAAUCAGCCUGUCUGUGUGUCACGCACUGUUUGUCCGGGGUCAAGAAAAACCAAUUGUUUAUAAUAUUCAAUAUUUUCUAUGGGGGCUCUUUCCACCCUCUUACCUCCGCCUCUCAAAUGGGCACUUACGUUCAAUAGGUUCCACCGCGGCUAGCGAGGUUUAUUAACUAAACGUGUACUGACUUCUUUACAUCUGCAGUUUCCAGAACCGGUAUAGGCGUAGCGAUGAGAGAUCAUCACGCCCGUACCUCUGCGAACUUUAAUUUUCUAUAACUUAACAAUACAAAGACGCCGGUGUCCAAACACGGGUAUUUUUGAAUACCUAAUUUUAAAAAUGUACUUAGACCGCAUACUAAAUUCAGAAUAUUAAAAACGCACCGGUUUAUCGCUAUUUUUUUCCUAAGCUUAUGCGUGUAUUUUUCGUUAGACACUUUCGGUUAGAAAUAACGCUCUGAAAGUUUUUCGAAAUUCCCAAGAGUUCGCUCCUUUCGCGCUUAAAAACAACCGUUAUUGGACAUUGUCUAGUCUAAUUAGCCGUCUACCGACAUUUUUAGUCCGUAUGAUAUAUAAUUUGAAUAUAUCUCUAAAUAAUCGUAAUUAAAUGUCGUUAUUAUAAUAUCUUCUAAACAGUUUUCAAAAAAUAUUUUUGCCAUGAAUUAAACCGCGCCAUAAUUCUUAUUUUAGUGGCCCGUUGCAAUGCAUUUGAUGGGUAUUUUCGACCAGACGCUAUAAUACAAUUUCACAUCAUGCCAUUAAUUUUCGAUUUGUUGAGUAUGAGAUCCAGUAGUAGGAGGAUUAACAUAGUUAUUUUUGUGGCUAAUGAUGAACGUAUCUAUUUCAAUUUAAACAUUUAUGCGCUCUCAACAAUAUUGUUCCAAUUUUGACUUUGUUUUAGUUGCAUACACUUCUGUAGGUUUAAGUGUUUGAGCGUAUCGUUUUGGGACAGCUUUCGUUCUGCUCAACUGAAAUUUGAUUCCAAACACGUGACCCUUGUACUCAAUUUCAGUAUUUUUUGUUUCUAUUUGUGCCUAUAUUAUACUUCUAUAUACUACAUCAUCGUCGUUUUCAGAAUCGAACAUACUAUUAGAACUAUCGGUAAAUUGUCUACAUUAGACAAUAAUUAAAAAGUACUACAGGUAUUUGUAAAAAAAGAAAAUUUAAGUUAUGAAAUUUUUUAAUGUAGAUUCUUAAUUCGACUCUGAACUCGAUUCGUUUCCUGUUCGCAAUGAUUUAUCGUUGCUUACAAUAUAUAGUAAAUCAUCAUCCAUAUCCUCUUUUACUAUCUUCUCGUAUCCCUAUCUAAAUAAGUAACCCACCGAUGGUAUGACGUAUAUCCACUUAUUUUUAUCAUAUUUUUUACAAUAUGUAUACCAAUUGUAUUUACCGAUCCCUCCACCACACACAUCCCCAUAGCCGGCACGCGUUUAUUCUUCGUUUUGGAAAAUAGCCUAUAAGAAAAACAAAUAAUGUAUACCAUCACAGUGUAAUAUAAAAACGAUUUGAUCCGCUUCAAAAAAUAAAUACAAUUUUUAUCACCGCCUUGGUAAUUUUACGGUCUUCGUUGUUUUUCUUGUUGAAUAUCGCCGAACACGUAUAUAUGUAUAUACGUAUAUAAUAAUAUGUAUCUAUGCAUACUCUAAAAAUUGUAUCGAAGAAUAUUAAUAUAUAUUAAUAUAUUUAUUAUUAUAAAUGAUUUACUUGCGCCAAAUUUGUUUAACGUUUUGUACAAAAUGACGUUUGAACCAGCUGUGGCCAUAGGUAAUAAAUUUGAAUAAUUAAUUUUUUAAGGAUUGUUCUUAUUGGUAUCCUUACAUAUCUUUGUGGUAUUAUUAUUAAGUUUAAUAUGAGUAAAACGAAGAAGAUAAAUGAAGUGACGUUCGCACGCUAUAGUAAACAAUUGUCCAUUAGUAAAUAAGUAAUAAUAUAUAAGUUAUUACAUUAACAAUUAAUUUGAUGAGUGCAGUAACACAUAAUCAUUACAUCGGCAAAUUGUUUAUAGUCAUCAUAUGAUUACGGUUUUAAUAAGCUUUUAAAUGUUUGAAAUACUGUUUUAAAACGUUAAAUGAAUUAAUUUAAGUAGGUACCUAGUAUGAAUGUACCAAUUUAAUUAAUAAUUAAAAAAUAAAGGUAAGAUAAUAAGGACGGGUGCAGCCACUGGUGUAGGUGGGAAGUUGAGAAAGUAGGAUAUAGACGGGAAUUGAAUGCAUAUCUGUAAGCAACGAUAAACCAUUACUUACGAAAAAACGAUUCUGAGCGGAGUUAAGUUGAUAAUGAUACUUUGUUAACAAUAUAAAUGUAAUUUUAUAGUAAAAUAAUUAAAAAGGCUUUAUAUAUUUUAUUUAAUAAAAUUUGUUUAAUGUUGUACCGAUUUUUCCCGUUUUUUCUUCGUUUUUUUCGGUUUUCCAAAUUUGAUGAGAAUAUCGAAAAACGACCUCUCUAAAGUACUUCCCUAGUGAAGUUUCCGUUUAGAAACAUCGCUAUAAUUAAAAGUUGGAGCAAAAUUGUUGGUAGAAAAGUUUGCGCAUAGAUAAAAAAAAAAAAAACUAUCUUUGUAAAGUCAUACGCUUCUUCGCUCCACUUAGGAUCUAAAAUGUAGGUUAUUGUUCUGUUUUAAGUAUAAUAAUAUAUUGACCCUUAGUUUUUUUAAUGUAUAUUAUAGGUUCUGACUUAUGCAAUGAAACUACGCACUCUUAACUAGUGUGCAUACCGCCACAGUUUACAAUAGGGAGAGUUUAUUAUUUUAAUUGCCUCUUUCCCAAGAGGCCUAUUGAAAAAAUAACCACCAGCUCUCUCUAAUCAAUUAGUAAAUUAGUAAUAUUCAUUUGACAAAACGGAUUCAUUUAGAUUAUCAAAAUACUUCUACUUUAUGAUAUUAUACCUAAUAUCUUUAAUUUUCAUAGUGCUUUUCCAUUUUGAUAAUAUUUAUUAUUUACAUUUAAUGGAGGAAUAUUAUAUAUUAUAGUUAAUUUAUUUUAUCCUAGGGCGAUAAGAAUUGCAAAUAGUUAGACACUAAUUCCCAAUUUCCAUUUGUUCAAAAACGAGUUGAUUAAUAAAUUGUAAUUUGUAAGUCUUGCAUUGACAAUAAAGUAAGAACUAAAUAGCCAAUAUACUAUUAAAUAUCUAAUUUAAAAAAUAUAUAUGAUGAUGUAGAUACAAGUAAAUUUCGAUGAAUUGACAAGUCAAAAAAUGUCUUUAUGUCUGAUAUCAAAUCUUUAUAAUGUUUUUGUAAUCAUAUUAUUUUCCCGGUUAAAACAUUACAAUGCCAACUAACACACUAGUUUGAUUAUUAAUUGAUGACGUGUCACUGAAAUAAAUGUUAAUACAGUAUGGUGAACUGUCGUUACUGUUUAAUACAUUAUGUAUUAUAAAUUAUGAGAUGUAAAUAGCUAUGAAAAACAAUAUCCACUAAAAACAUUACAAAAAAGAUGGACAUACUUCGCAUGAUGGAUGGGCUACUCUUGUACGUGAGAAGUUGGGAAGGUGUUAUAUGGAGAGAAUUUAGUGUAUAUCUGAACGUAACGAUUAACCAUUGCUAAAACGAUUCUGAGCGGAGUUCGGUUACACAAAUUUUGAAAAGCCGUAAUAUUUAGGAUUUUCGUCAAAAUUUGAUAUUCAAAUUUGUAUAAAAGAAAAAAUGUCUACUUUACAAUCAAUUUUUUUUUCGACCACAAAGUACGUCCUCUAAUGAACUUCCUAUUAAAUUAUCAACCAAACCUAACAAAUAAAAAUUGCGUAAAAAACUUUGCAAAAUUAAAAUGUCUAUAGUCUAUAAAUAGUUAAAAAUUGCUAAAAUAUUUUGAAAAUAAUACCAUGUCUAAAUAAGGUAAAUAUAAGUUGUUCUCCAAAUUUCAAGUCUUUAUGAAAUUUUUUAACUAAAUCACAACAAAAAACAAAAUUGAAUAUAAUACAUUUUGUACAUUUUCCCUUUUUUCCCAGUUUCCCCAAAAAUUUCAAAUACCACUUAAAAAUCAAAAAAAUAACCUUCAUAAAGUACCACCCAGAUGACAUUUCCUUUCAGAAAAAGUACUACAUUUGAUAAUCGGAGCAAGAUUUCUGGUAGAAAAGUUAUUUACGGAUAAACAAAUAAUAAUAAAAAUAUAUAAUUUUAAGAUACAUGUAUAAUACAGUUCAACACUUAUUUAUUUUAAUUUAUAACAUGAAUAUUUAUUUUCUUUCAAAAAUGUAAAUACUCAUAACUUAAUUUUAUUGAAUACAAUUCUGAUUGAUGAUAGUUUUUUAGGCUGUUUUAAACCUAGUAUAUGUUAGACCAACAUUUUUGUAGCAGAUUCCAUUGGGUUUUUAAAAUAUAUAGGUAAUGAACUCAAUAUUUCUAUGUUUAAAAUGCUGUUUUAUUUGAAUUUAACAUUAUUUUUUAUACAUAUGUAUAUAUCUACAACAUACCUACUUAUUAUGUUACCAUCUUAUAUUAAGAGUAGAAAAUAAAUCAAUAACUUAUACAUGCAAUUGUAUUUUACUAAAUAAAUGCAAAUUUGUAAUUAUUGGUCGCCUGUUUCAAUGUCAAUUUAUAGAUUAGGUACCUUGUCAAGUACCUAUGAAGCGUAUUUAUUUUAUCGUAGUUACACUAUUGAUGGCAGACCAAAUUAUUAUGUAUUGGUAUUUCCACCAUUAUACAUAUUUAUUUGAUAACUCAUUGUCAGUAGGAUUCUGGUCGAAUUCGAAAUUAUCCUUUGGUUAGUUGCCCUUGUUGUCAACACCUGGCUGCUGAAGUCAUAAAUAAAUGAAAAUCAACAUUAAUUGAUAAAAAUAUUAAUGGUGGUGUGAUACAAUAUUAAAAGAUUUUAGUUGUUUCUGGUGAAUUCUGAAUACUAACUCUAUACUUACAAGUAGUAACUUAUCUAAUCCUUAGUUCCCAAUUUAUUUUCAAAAAAUUAAUUUGCUGGGCAUUUAAAUUAUUUUUGAAAAUCAUAUUUCCAUACAAACUAUACAGAAAAAAAAGAUAGGUAUGAUAGAUUAUUAUCAAGAACCAAAAUAUACGAAGGCUAAAAUGUAUCAGAUUAAUACGGGUUUGAUUAUGAAAAUUAUAAAUAAUAGUAGCUGACCACAUCUACGUCAUAUAUGUAUUAAAUAAAAUGCAUGGCUAAAUGAUAAACAUCUCUAAUUAUUUUAAUUAGACAAUGAUUCAUAACAUUUAUGCUAAAAUAAUCAUACAUUAAAAUUUAACAUAAUAAUAUAUUCCAAAAUUUAAUUAAUUUACCCAAUGGUUCCUACGUUUAGGUUUAGGUUAACUAUAGUUAAAUAAAUUUUGAUUUGCAGAUACGAUAAAUUCCUUAUAAUAAUAGGUUAGGUACCAAUGAUAAAAUACGAAUACCUAUUGGACUGUUUUAUCUAUCGAAACAUAACCAACGAAUAAGAUAUUCUACAGUUUAUUUAAGUACCUGUUACAUAAUUGAGAACAAAUAUAUUUGGUUCCAUAAUGGUAUACUGUAAAAUAUAAUAAACUAUGUUUUAUUUAUGCAAUUUGUGUAAUAUAAUAUUAUUAUAUACAGUUCUUUUGAAACAAAGUUAUCUUUUUAUUACAUUUCUUUUUUCUGGUAUUUUAUUAAAAAUAAUAGCAUUGUCUUAUUAUUCAGCUUUUUUUAUAAUAUUUUAUAAAUUUUUUUUCCUUAUAUUCUAUGCACAUGCAUAAAAUGACAUUUUAAAUUACAUUAAUACUUACUAAAUAUAUGAUCUAACCUUAGAUAGAUAUAUUUUUGUUGAAUAAAUGCAAUUAAUAAUAUUGUUCCUAUCUACUUAAUACAAAUCAUAAAGUGCCUAAUGUCAUUAAACUUAAUGUAAUAUUCAACAAUUGAUAAUAAUAGGGAUAUGCGUUAUUAGAAUAUUUGAUAUAAAAUUAUUUUAAAUAUUCUGACCUAAGGAAUGUACCUGGUAGUUUUACUACAGUAAUGUAUAUAAUUACACCUGUUUAAUUAAAAAAAGUGUUCUUAAAAUUGCAUGCAUGCAGCUAUAUUCAAACAAUAUCAAAAUAUACAGUGUAGAACCUCAUUGUUGGCCUAAUUCUAGUGACUGCGAACUGAUCACUAUCUGAUGUUUUUAGAUUACUUGACUCUUGUUUUUUUUUUUUUUUUUUUCAAACGUUCAGUAUUACUCUUUUAGUAAUUUAAUAAUUUCUGAGAGAUUUAGUAACUAUCACAAUCUCCCUCUAGGUCUCAACUUUACUCAAUACUGAACUAUUUUUCUGUAAGUGAGUAAAAAUUCUUAAAAUUUAGUAAAUAUUCAUUAAAUAAAUGUAUACUAUUAUGUAGGUAGUUACAUUUUUUAGAAUCUUUAAAGUGUGUCUAAGUAGAUGUCUUAAAUAGUAAUAGAAUACAAAUAAGUUAAAGUUGUGAUUUGUAUAGUUUUAUUUUAUCAUAUUCUAAUUUACAAAAAAUAUUCAAAACUGUAAAUAAAUUUAGUGGAAAUUGUGAUAAUAGCUACAUUUUAAAACCAUAUUAUAUCUUACAAACACUCGUGCAUUGUUAUAACAAAAAAAAACUAUUUUAAGUUCAAGUUUUUUAAGACAAAUUUAGUGUGUAGGUAUGAACGAAUUAAAAGGAUAAACUUAUCAUUUAAAUUUAAUAAAUAUAUAACUUUAAAUAUUUAGGUUUGCAUUAAUCACAUUGUGACUAAACAAUUACUAUAAUAUAAAUUUAUAUUAUUCUUACAGGGAAUGACUAAUGGUUCUGAAGAAGUAGUUAUCAAUCCAAACCAACAACAAAGUCGUGGACGAUCAACUGCUUACAGAGCACGUUGUAGUAGUAUUAAUAGUUCAGUAGGUCCAAUGCGACCUGAAAAACGAUCCGCUGAUAAGUCACCAUACUCAAGUGGUCCAUACUUAUCACCCCCGCCUCCGUCGGAAACUAUCUGGAGACGUACUAACUCAGAUUCUGCUUUACACCAUAGUGUGUCACAAAGCAGUUCUACCGAAUCAUUGGCUCAUUUACACAGCCCUGGAUCUCAACGCAGAAGUAUAUAUUUAGAUUUUUUUUUUUUUCUAGAUUUAUUAAUAUUUUAAAAUAUAUUUUAUUUAGCCUUAGUUGAUAACCAACAAUAUGAUAAAAAACGAUACUUGUCAACAUCGCCUGAUAAAAGACCUCGAUCUUGCUGCGACGUUCCUAGAGUUCCUGGAAUUAAGUAAGUUAGUCUUAUUCAGUGUUAAUUUAAUAAUUUCUAAUGUUUUUUUAUUUUAGCGUUUUUACCACUCAACAAGAACCCGGUGUUGUGCAAAUACCUAUUGGUAACAAUACUGGUUCAUUGCCAGACCUCACUAACUUCCAGUUUUCUCCACCAAUUCAUGCCCCUCUUGAUCAGGAUGAUCAAUAUAAUUUAUCAUCUCCUUACAAUAGCAGUGUAAGAUAAAUAUUUUAUAAUUACAAUUUUUUUAACUCAUUUGUUCUUUCUUUUAAUAAUUUUGCUACUAACAAUAUGCAAUAAAAUAAGUAAUAGUAUAUUUUAAGAUGUACAUUUAGGAAAACUGGGUUUCUUAAAUGUGUGUGAUUAGAUUAGACUCUCAUUUCAGCAGAGCCCAUUAACAACAGAUGGUUGUAGUCCUCAAGGUUCUCAAGGCUCACAAGGUACUCCGAGCCAGAGCCCAAGUGUCCUCUCCCCAGUAUCAAUUAAUAGCCGUACACCACCUACACGGUUUUCAUUUACAAGUUCACCACCACCUGAUUCUCCUAACCAAACUACUGUGGUCACAUGUGACAUUGUGUUGCCAGUGAGUUUUCCUGUUAAUUUCUUCUGAAGUUUCACCCACCCCAGUUAGAUUUGAUUUUAUGUUUAUAAUUUUGUUGUUUUUAUGUUUUAUUUUAUAUGCUUUUUGUUUUGUAAAUUGCUUGACAUAUUUCUUGUAACAUAACAAUACAUAUCAUAUAAAUACAAAUAUUAUCUUAUUUUAUCUGUCGUUGUUUUGAUAGUAUUGUUCAUAGUCAAAUGCAGACUGGUAAAAAAAGGAAUGUGAUAUUACAUAAUAUUAAGACAAAUAUAGCAAAUUAGUAUUAACAUGAAAAAAAUACACCCCAUGGGUAAUCCACUAUUAUAGGUACAAGUUAAGAAGUUAAGAUAUGUAUAACAAUGUAAUUUAUAUUCAUACAAAAUGAUAAAAUUAUUACAAACAACAAAAAACGGUUCUGAGCGACAUUGGGUUAAACAAAGUUAGAUAUAUUAAAUUGAAAAUUAAAUUAAUUCACAUUUUAAUAAUUAAUUACAUUUAUUUGUGAUUUGAACAGAUAUUUACAUAGAUUUGAAUUUAAAAUGUUAAUAAAAAUAAACAAAAUUAGUAUCCAUAUUACAAAUGAUACAUUCCUCUUAUUUUGAAUAUCAAAUAUUAAAAGUUUUAUUUAGAUCAGGAGAAAAUUAUAGAUUCUUAUAACAACCUAGCAUAAAUUUGAUUUUAUAUAUAUUAUAUAGAUUAUGUACCUAGAUUGUAUUAGAAAAAUAAAUACCAAUUAUUGGUACAAAUAAAUUUUGGAGCAUUCCGAGUCUGUUUAUAAUUUAUAUAUUAUUAUUGUGCAAUGUAAUUUUAACUUGUACAUGUGUCUGUUUAUUAAUUGUUAUUAUUGCUUGCUUGCUCUAUUGUAUGUCUUAUUGUAUUUUAUUUUUAUACAUAUAUAAAUUACAUUAUAUGUAAUAUUUAGAUAUUUUAAAUUUAUUUUAAGUAUAUUGAUAUGAUUGCAGAAUCACCUAAGUGUUCCUUACUUUGUAAACCAUAGGUUGCAACGCACAUGCAAGGUUAGUUGCACGCAAUUAAUUACAUUUUAUUUUUAAAAAUAUAUAUGUAUACAGAGUGUCCCACAAAAAUAUAACCAUUGUAAUAUCUUCCGAGAUAAUAAAAAUAAUCAAAUUAUGUUUUGUUUUUUUUUUAUAUACUAUUCACUGGGAUAAGAACUUCAAAUAUUUAUAUUUGAAUUGAUUAUUUAUGUUUUUGUAAAAUCCCUAUAAAAAAAAAAAAAAACUUACUAUUUUCAAAAACUUUGAACUGUUCUACAUAUAUUCUUUUGAAAAUUUUGAUAUUUCAUCUUUUAAUUUCAUUAAAUUUGUGAUUUUUAAUAAUUUUUUAAAUUUCAAAGAAAAGUAUCUUUAAUACCUAAGCAACAGACUGUAAUUGCAUUCACUUAUUGAUUAUUAUUAUUAUGGCUAUUUGUCUUUACACUUUUUUCCCAGAACUUAAAAAAAUGAUUUAAAAAUUGAUACACUAAAACUUCUAUUAAUGGUCACCUCUAUGUAACGGUCAUUUUUUGGGGGUCUCAUCAAGUGUUAUGCUUCUAUAAGAUACCUCUAAAUAGUGGUCAUUAUUUCCAUACCAUUGGUUCCUUCGGUAACCAUUAUAUGGAAGUUUUACUGCACAUCAAAAUUUUCAGAAGAAUAAACUUUAUACCAUGAUUUCAAAUAACUAUGUUUAAAUUUUUCAAAAUUGAUUAAAUCAAAUUUAAGUGUUUUAGGAAAACAAAAAAUUAAUUCAAACAUAAUUAUUUAUAGCCUUGUAAAUAGAAUUUGAAUAUCUUUAUUAUCUCCAGAGAAAUUUUGAUGGGUAUAUUUUAGUGAGAUAUGCUGUAAAUAGCAAACUUUUGUUGUGCUUGAAAAAUUUGAAUUUUAUGUCUGUGUCUGCAUGAUAGUAGACAGAGUAUUUUGUUUGUUUUCUUAGCUUUCAUUAAUUAAUAUUAUUAAUAAAUAUAUUUAUAUAAAAAGGGGAACGAUGUGUUGCUAAAUACAAGAAUAGUCUAUCUAUGAUAUCUAUUCAAGUCUAGAUAAUAAUAGACGUGUUGUUAUUCACCGGGCCACAUCGUACUCUUCCUUCAAAUAAUUAAUUUAAAUUCAUUAAAAAACAUGUGUGUGCAUAAUAUUUGUAUAAACUUAUUUUUUACAGGGGUUUACUGUAGAUAAUAGUCCAGGAAAUGGAAAUAUAGGAGAAAACUGUAACAAUAACAUUAAAAUACAAAUGUUAAAUCAAAAUUCAAAUAUAAAUUGUGUAACAGGCCAAAUAAAUGGCAUAAAAAUGAGCCCUGUACAAAACUUAAUGUACCAGCAUAUUCCAUUAUCACCGGUACAACAACAAACUCAACAAUUAUGUAGUUCAAUUAAUGGUCAACAUGAAAUAAAUUCCUCACAUGUAUGUUUGCCUACCAUAACAUAAAUAUUUUAUAAUUUUACAUGUUUGUUGCUAUUUCAGUUAAACAUAGGAAAUUCCCAACUUACAAAUAUAAACUCAUUAGGAUCAUAUAGAAACCAACAAUCCAAUAGUCCAAGUCCACAGUCAUCUCCUGGACUUACAAUUCAAGUAUGUAAUUUAUCAUAUUGAUCUCGUCAUUUAGUAUCAAACCACAACAUUUGAAUAAACAAUAUUUAACUUAUAAUAACUUGGUCCAGCUUAAAUGCCCAGGAUUUUUUCUAAAGUUAUUUUUAUUAUUUAUAAAACUAAAAAUAAACUACAAAAUCUUAAUCAUGGGUACUUCCCGAAUAAUUCCAAUUUCGUAGAGGUACCUUCAAUUAUGCUAUAAAUAUAUAUGUAAUUAAAUUAAUUUGUAUUAUAUUUUUUAGUAUGGUAGUUCCAGUCCAUUAUGUUGCAGCCCCCAAAGUCCAUCCUCCCCAAGUAGUUCUUCUGUUGGUAGCAAUAAUCAACAUCAAAAUUAUCAAACACAACAAGAUUUUUAUUCAAAUCAAACGCAAACUAACAAGCUUCAACAUUGUUUUGAACAAUUCACAAUGGUAAGUUACCUAAUCAGUAUAUUUAUACAAUAUACUAAAUAUAAUAAUUUGUUUGCCACAGUUCCAAUUUGAGUUCUUUCCAACUUUACAGUUAUUUAAAAAUUAUCUAAUAAUUGAACUUUUUUUUUUGUAAAUUGUAUCAUAUAUUGCAUCUCUGUAAUUGUUUUAUCCUUUAUUGUAAUACUUCCAUUUUGAACAAUCAUGAUGCAUCAAGUUAGUUUUGUGGCAAACAAACCAUUAUUCCAGAAAUGAUUAAAAUCUAUUUUCUAAAAAUGUGUAGAGUUAAUCUUUUAAACACAUUAAUAUAUAAGUAAAUCAACGUUUAUAAUAGUGUUGUAUUUUAAUUUAUGCUUGCGUUAAUAACGGAGGUGGUAAGUAAAAAUAAUUAUUGCUCUUUUUUAAGACAAAUUGACAUAUUUUAAAACCUUGUUUUCUGUAUUGUUUUGAAUAUUUAAUACAAAUAAAUUAAGUUUGUAUUUAAUCAUUCUUUCAAGAUUAAUUUUAGUUAAAAUAUAAAUAAAAACAAAAGAAAAAAAUAGUUUUUAAUUAAAACAUGUUAGUAAUUAACAUAACAUAAGUUAGUUAUUUUCUCGGAAAGCAUAAACUUUUUCAGAAUUUGUUUUAUAAAAUAUUUAAGAAACUAGCAGCCCUACAAUUUUACAUCAAUAUUUUUCUUUUCAUCUGUUUUUGGGUGUGACAUCACUGCUUACUUUUGGUUUUCAAAUGGUAACUUAAAUUAACCCAUAAGUACUAUCUUUGGAUAAAUAAUUUCCCAGGCUAUUUUUGUGUGAACAUUUUAUCAACAUCAUCAGUUGUACAUUAUCAAUGUUCACGAUUUGUACCUGUAUGCAAUAAAGUUCUAUGUGUUACUAUACUAAUAAAAUACUAUGAAGAUUUAUAAUUUUAUUUUAGAUUAGUUUGUCUUUUAUCAACUAACACCAUACGUUACUGGAGAGAUCUAGUGAUGGCAAUGAAAACUCUUAGAGAGCAUUAAGGGCCAGUUGAAAAAGAAGAAGAAGUUUGUCUCUAAUAGUCGGUUAAAGUGUAUCUCUAUCAUGUUUGGAAAUAAAUUAUCCCACGGAAGUAAUAACGUGCGUAGUAUAAAACAGGUUUCCAACAUACAAAUAUUCAUAUAAUUUGUUCAGAAUGUUUUUCAGUUCAUAGUAUUUUCAAAAACAUUAUUGUUUUUUUUUUUUUUUUUUCCAUACAAUAAUUUUUAUUUGAUUUGUUUUUAUUACUGCUUGCAUUUUUUUUUAUAAUUUGUAUUUAUUAUUAGAAUGUCAAUGAUAUGAUAUGAAUGUAUAAGGUAAAAUACUUAACUAUGUGUAUAUACCACUUGAACCAUUUAAGUGGGUACACUCAUUAUCUCUGAAAGUAUUAACUUUUUUCGGAAUUUGUUUUUUAGAACAUUUAAGAAACAAGCUCUGCUCUACAAUUUUAUAUUUUAGUUAUUUUUUUUUUCAUCAUUAUUUUUAAAGGUAAAAUCACUACCUACUUUUGAUUUUAAAAUGGCAACCUAUAGUAAAAAGUCAAUAAAUAGAUGGAGUAUUAGUUAAAAUAAAUUUUUCGUGUCAACAUAUUUGAUUUUCACUUACCUGUUAACGAGAUAUUCCAAUUUUAAGUUUAGGUUGGAUGAGAGUAAUGGUGCAUUAUUAACAUGUCGCGCGCCGUACUGUCACACAAAUGAUACUCCACUACUCUCCUCAAACUUAAAUGUAGUGGAGUAUCAUUUGUGUGGCGAUACAGUGCACAGCUUGUUAAUAAUGCAAUACCACUCUCUUCCAACUUAAAUUUUUAAGAAUAUUUCUUCAAUGCCUUGACAGAAAUCAAAAGUUUCAACACUAAAAUUUAUUUUAACUAAUACUACAUCUAUUUAUGGGCUUUUUUUUUUUAUUUAUAGGUUGCCAUUUGAAAAUCAAAAGUAGGUAGUGAUUUUACCUUCAAAAAUAAUGAUGAAAAAAAAAAAAACUAAAAUAUAAAAUUGUAGAGCAGAGCUUGUUUCUUAAAUGUUCUAGAAAACAAAUUCCGAAAAAAGUUAAUACUUUCCGAAAUAUUGUUAUAUUAAGUGUACCCACUUAAAUGGAUCACCUGGUAUAUUAUAUUUUGUAUUAAAAACAAAAUAAACAGUUGUAUUAUUUAAAAAAAGAAAUAUUGAUGAAAAUGAAUAAUUAGGAUAUGUUUACUCCAUGUGAGUAAAUAAGACAAAAAUAUCAUGCAAGUGCUCCUAAGUUAAAAUUUCAACACCAAAUGCAUUUAAACUAAUAAACUUAUAACCAAUACUCCAUCUAUUUUUAAUAAAGGUUACCUUUUGAAAAUCAAAAGAGGUACUGGUCUCUUUCCCAAAAACAAGAUUAACUAAAAAUAACAUUAUUGUAAAAUUGUAGAGCUAGGUGUUUUUUUAAAUAAUCUAUAAAACAAAUUCUGAAAAAAACCUUUUACUUUUUGAGAUAAUAAUAUGUUAUAUUGAUCACCCUGUCAAAUUCAAAAUUGAUAUACUUUAAAUGUUCUAUUAAUAUUCAUCUGUAACUUAUCUAAUACUAAUAAUAAGGAAACGGAUUUGUAUGCACAAAAUUGAAAAUAUUAACUUAAAAUUUAAUAUUAUUAAAAAAAAAUUAUUUUAUUAAAUAUUAAUAUUAUGCGAUUUAAUUUAACUUAAGUAUAUUAAUACAAAAUUUUUGACCCAGCAAAAAUGUACAAAAAUUUGUCACAAAGUACAUAUAUUGUACUUCAUUUACUCUUCAGUAUCCUGGUUGGACUACAUUGAUAAAUUGUUAUCUCAAGCUAAGGACAAUAUCUAUUAUAUGGUGAAAUUUGUUACUUCUGAUUUAUAAAAUUAUCUGGAAAUAAGUUAAAAACUGAACUCUGAUGCUUCAUUUACAAUCAAGCUAAAACAAAAAUUACUAAUUAAUUUUACAUUAACUAGAAUAAUUUAAAUUUUGUAUUCAAUUUUAAUUAUCUUAUUUAAUAAUUACAUGUAUUUGUAUGUAAAUCCAUUUCCUAUUAACAAUUCUAUAAAUAAGUACCUUUAAAUUAUACAACUGUAAAUUGAUGUUUUAUUUUUUAAUUUUCACAAACAUUUUCAAUAUUUUAAAUUAAAAAUAUGUUCUUCUGUACAUUGCAAGUUAAAUUAAAUGCACAAUACAAUAAUAUUUGUUUUUGACCACCACUAUACAUGUUCCUCACUUGAAAUAUCAAGUAGUUAUGUGUACUUAUUGUAUAUUGGUUGAGUAUGGAACAAUUUUCUCUCUGGACAUUUUCCUCCGGCUAUUUUUGGAAGAGUAAGACAUUUUCCUCCAAUAUAUUUUUUAAUGCUCUUAUAAAUUCCCUGUAUUUUUUUAAAAUUAUUUAUUUUUUAUUUUGUCUUAAUAUGUAAUAAAUAGGCCCUGAACUUAAUGAUAUAAAAAUAUGUUUAUUUUUUUGAAAUAAGUAUUUGAAUUAAAAAUAUCCCGUAAAUUUAGUACUUAGAGUUUUUUAUCAUACUUAAAAUAAAUCUUCAAUUUUUCUUUUUCUAGUUUCUUAGUUUUUUACUAAUUACACUGUAAAAAUUAUAGGAAGUUAUAUUAAAAUAAGGAAUUUAGAUAAAUAAAUAAUAAAUUGGUAGUGUACAUUUCAUGCCCAUAUACGAGUGCAUUUUGUACUUUCCUGUGCUUGGAAACAUAUGGUAGGGAGGAUGUACAACCCCCACCAGUAAAAAAUGAAUUUAUAGUCAGCAAUUUAAACAAAUUGCUAAGUAGUUAGAAAUUUCAUUUAUUUUAUAUUUACCGGGAAAUAAAUAAUUAUUUAAAUUUUAUUAGCCUUGUAAUGCCUCUGGAAAAAUAACGUAGAUUGUGGGAUCUUACCGUAUGGAAAGUGCUACGGCAGCGGCCAAGACCACCACUUAAAAAAAAUUGUUUGCUAAAAAAACCAAUAGCAAAAAAAAAUGAGUGUAUAUGCACACCACCAUCUUCCUACCAAUCCCCGUGAAUAAUUGAUAGUACCAAUUCUGUAAAUAAUUGCAAAUAUACCUAUAAAAAGUAAAAAAUCCUUAAAAUGCACCAAAAUUAAUAAAAAAUAAAAUAAAAUUUGUAUCACUGAAUUCUGUGUGACGUGAAUCAAAUGUCUAUAAAGACAAGCUUCGAAUGUAAGCAUUAGAAAAAAAGAUACAAAUGCAUCAAGUUACAGGUGCUAGUAACAAUAUAAUACAGAAUAUAUUUCAAUAAAUGUAGGUUUAAAUAAUCACAAUAUUUUACAAUAACCCAUUGCAUAUAUAGUAUUGUAUUAAGUACCAUUAAAAUCUAAAAUUGUAUCCAAAACCCCUAUCAAUUGCUUAGACUUUUAAAAAAUGUAUUCUAUUUUAUUUUAUCACACAUUAAGGCAAAAUUAGAUAUUAGAUAAAUAAUAAAUAAAAUUAUAUUUAAAAAUAUGAGGGGAAAUGUACGGAAAAAAUUGCCAUACUACGCCAAAAAAUAGCUAUGGGAGGGGGAUAAAUGUCCAGAGGAAAAUUGUUCAUUAACCAUAUUGGUUGUGCUAUCAUAUAGCAGGACUGGAAUCAGAUCAUCCAAACGUUAAACGGGUCAAGCUCAACAGCUUGGAUAGCUAACCCUUUGAAGGUAAAAUGGUCACAAAUAGAUGUAACAUUUUAUACCUUAUAAAGCACACAUUUUCUUGCUUGUAGCAUUAAUUACAUAAUAUAUAGAGCUACUCAAGCAAUAGUAAUAUUUGGCGACCAGCCAUAGACAUCAGCUAUGGAGCGCAAGAAUAGUUAAAUGCAACUAUGGUGGUACCUUUACCAUAGAUGGGCAACAGCAAGGUAUCUCUCACCCAUCUAUGAUAAAGAAACCACUACUGCUGCAUUUGACUAUUCUGGUGUUCCAUAGCAAUAGCGGCUUUGGGUGAUCGCCAAAUAUUAACAUUGUAUGGACUAUCUAUGUAUUAUAUAAUAUCAAUACUUGUAGUUUAUAAUAACAAAUUGAAUAAAUAUUAAAUAAAUAAAUAAAAAGGUUAUUUUUAGUCUUACAAAUUAUAAUUAAAUUAUAAAAUGUUUAAAAAGCAUGUUUAAUUAAUUUUUUAUUACAUAUUCUGCAAUAAUAUUUAAAAACAGACUAACAAAAAUAAUAUUGAUAUAUUUGUGUUUUUGAUUAGCUUGACAGUCCUGGGUCAACGGGUAUUGAAUACAUAGGCUCCCCUACUAACAACACAUAUUUACAACAGGUAAUUAUACACAUAUUCAUACACAUGUAUAAUCUAGUAUUUGUUGGCUUAAAUAAAUAUAUUUUUAUUUUUUAGACUGAGGACUAUGGAAAUUCAGAAUUGACUGCUGAUCUUGGGUAUUACAGCACAUCACCAUCACAGUCUCUCCAAUACCCCAAUCAAACUAUUACAACACCUAAUACUCCUUCCAGUAUUCCAGACAUAAUACUCACUGGUAAAUUUAUUUUAAAAUCAUUUUUUAUUUAAACUUAAACUUUUAUAAAUAUUUUACAGAUUUUUCAAAUGGGGAUCAAUUAGAUAAUCAAAAUAAUUUUGUAAAAGAUAUAAAUCCCUCAGGCACAUUUGAUACAGACUUCUUCUCUGCUGAAGAAAGUAUAAGGCAGGAUAUUGUUGAUCAGAUUGAUUUGGACCACUUAGAUCAUUUGGAAAUGUUAGGUGAACCAAAUAUUGAUAACGAGGAGACUAAUAAUGAUCACUUUCGAAUAUAAUCAAUUAUUUCUAGAUUUUUAUUUUAUUUGUUGUCUGUGAUUAAUUGAUAAUAUUCAACUUUAGAGAUAUAUAGGGAAAAUUAUUUUUUUUAUAUCACAAAAGUGCCAGAACAUUUUACUGACAACUAAGCUGUUAUUAUUUUCUUCUUGCUAUAUUAUUUUUCAGUGCCAAAGGACUCAUAAGUUUUUAUCUAAUUUCUUCUAAUUUUGUUUUGUUUUGUUUUUUUUUUUUUUUUUUUUUUUUUUAGUUACCAUCCGAUAUUCUGACCAUUGUUGCAUUUCAUAUUUAUUAUACUUUUUUUUUUCUCUUUAUAUAACAGGGUGAUUUUUUUUUAUCAUGAACCAGCAAUUAUCUCAGAGAAUUUUAAGUGAAUUUGAUUUCUGUUUUUUCUAAUCAUUAUGGAAUUGUUUAAGCUUUAUUUUAAAGCCAUUUUUAAUUUUUUGUUUACUCUUGCUCCAUAUACAUUAAAUAAGUACAUACAUUUUAUUUUCAAAUAGGAACCCCCUACUUUCUUUUAAACAUAGAUUUAAAUAGAGAAUAUUUAUCUAGAAAUUGAUAUGCAUAGCACUAUUAUUAGAUUUAUCGUCUAUGCGUUAUAACAGUUUAAAUUUUAAACUGUUCUUUAAAAUAAAACUUAAACAAUUCCAUAAUGAUUAGAAAAACAGAAAUCAAAUUCACUUAAAAUCCUUUGAGAUAAUUGCUGGUUCAUGAUAAAAAAAAUCACAAUGUAUGUAUAUACAUAUAUAUAAUAUAUAAUAUGAUUAAUUUAUUGCACAAAUUUAAAUAUCAGUAGCUGCCGAAUCACAAUUUAUAGAAACUAUGGUGCAUAUAUUAUAAGGUUAUUAUAGGAAAAAAAUUGUAUUUUUUAUACAGUAUAUAUUAAUACUUAAAAAUAGAUAUUAUAAGAUCCCUCUCCCACCCCUCAUCAUUUGUAAUAUAUUUUUUUUUAUUAUUAUUAAAAAAAAUAUUAUACAAUUAAAAGACAAUGUUCAAUUAAAUUAAAAGAUCUCGUGUUAGAUAUAUUUUUGUUAAUAUUCUAUACACAUACACAGUACACAUGUGUAUGUGUGUGUAUUUAUGUAUAAUUAUUUGUUUAAGCCUUUCCAUGGCAAAUUUGGUAUGUAUGUUUAUAAUUGUGUUCGUUUUAAUGUGCCUUUCAUUUUUAUUUGAAAAUUUAACAUCUUCAUUUAAUUCAAAAUAAAUGAUAUUAAAGUUUAUGGGGAAAAAAAUAUACAUGUUAAAAUUUAUACAUAUAUACGAGAUAAAAAUUAAAUUGUUCAUUUUUCAAUUAUAAUUAUUGAAUCAUGUUUAAGAAUAACUUUAGGAAAAUGUGUUCUUUAUUUAAAUUCAUAUUUGCUUUCAGGUUGCAAAUAAUGUAUAUGUUUCCCUGCAAAAUCAAAAUAUAAUAUUUUUCUUAACUAAAGACUUAGUAAUAUUAGUCUUACAUCUUUUGACUUUAAUACCAUUUUAAUAGAUUUAUUUUUAAAUACAAAUAUUACUUAGUUAUUACAUUGUAAAUAUUUUUUCAACAUUAUUGUACAUAUUAACUAUGUUAAUUGGUUUAGGUAAAGUGUUUGGAACUCUUUUUCAUAUUUUUUUAAUGAAUCUUGUUGCAUAUUAUUAUAAGUAUAAAAAAAAUAUAACAAAUAUCAUUUCUUCAUAGCUGUAGACAGUGUUCAGUUAUGAUUAAUUUUAUAAUAAUUUAUAAAUAUUGGAUUUACAUUUUAAAAUUAUUUGAUCAAUUGUAUUAAAAUAUUUUGUUUUGAACGAGAUAAAAAAAUCAUAAGUUUACAUAAUUGUAUCUUGAAUAAUAAAAUAAAGUUUAAAACUGAGUACAUGGAGAGUUCUAAACUUUUUAUUUAAAUAUGUAACUUGUUACAUUAAAAACUUUUAGUAAUUAAGAAUUCCUACUUACUUGUUUUACAAUUUUUUUUAUAAUCAUUUAAAAAAUAAUAUAUGGUUUAAUUUAAGGUUAAAAUAGUUUUUUGACAUUUUUAUUGUUCAUUAAAAUUUAAAAAAACAAAUCUUUAUAUGUUGACUUUGUUGUUUUAUAUAGCACUUAUGUGCUAAACUAUAUUUGUUAAACAUUUCGUUAAUGGAGUUUUUAUUUCUGUACUUACUGAAUACUAGUCAAUAAAUUCAAUAAAUUUAAAAUGCCCUUUUUUUAUUGUAAAAUGUUUAUUAUGCAAAGUGCGUCUUUUUGUUAUAAUUAUCUUUUAAAAAAAAAAAAAAACUAUAUUUAUAAUAUUAAAAUCCAAUAAAAAAAAAAGUUUAAGAAUUUAACUAAAUCAUAAUUAUCAGUGUUUCUCAAAUGAUAAUGUUAUUUUCGCCCUGAUAAAAACCAUAAGGUAUAUUAAUUUAUGAAUUUAUUUUAAAUUUGAGUUAUCUUGUACAAGAACCCCUUGUCGAAUAACAUUUUUUUUUUUUUUUUUUUUUUUGAGAAUGAUAAGACUGUUGAUUUUAUGGGGUAAUUUUAAGAUCUUUUCUUUUUUUAAAUUUAAUUUCUUUACUUUUAAUGAAGUCUCCAUAAUAUGUGCAUAAUUUAAAAAGUAAUUGGUUGAAAAUUACUUGAAAUUAAAAUAAUUUUCACAGGGCUUUUGUAUGAACUCUACAAACACAUUACAUGACAUAGAUCAAUUGAGAAACACUUAGUAAAAUAUUGACAACACUAGUCAACUUUAACUUGUAUUUUUUUUUUUAUUUUUUUCUAAGCAAUUGAUUAAUAUAUAUAAUGAAAACAUUAAUUUGUACAUUGUCCCUUUUUUUACUAUUAAAUUAAAUUUGAAUUCUUUAAACUUAUACAGUCAAUAAUAAUAAUACAUAUUUUAUGAUAUUUUUUAAUAUUUUAUUUUUUUUUCUUCCCGUAACUUCCAUAGCUCCCGUAACCAUGUCCACCAUGUACGUUGUAAUUGGAGUAGUCAGCCGGUGGUGGGCUUGGGCUGGUGCUGUGGUGCGUGCAUCUGUCAGGCAGUUGUGGUUUGACAACAAGCGCUGGCUCAUAACCGCUGUAACUUGGUGGGCUCGGUGGACCAUAUGCUGGGUAUGUGGGUUGUGUACUGGGGGGGCCUGGAAGACCAUACACUGGGUAGCUGUAUGGAGAGCUAGGCGG